UAGCAGAAGAGAAGUGACUCUCUUCCAGAAUACACAGUGAGGUGAUCGUCUGCACUUCUCAGCAUUCUGACCAUAGGGGGAGCCACAACCUCAAGAAGCCAACUGAAGACCCAAGGAAAUCAUCAUGACCAGGAGCAAGAACUUCCACCGAACUCUGUGCCUCUGGCUCCUCAUCAUACUCAUCAUCACUGGGAUCAUAUUCCAAUUGCUCACAAUAAGAUCUCCAGGUCAAUGGCAUCCACCACCUGUCAGCUACCUGUCUUCAAAAAUCUCACCCAAUUCAGACCAAGAAGAGAUCCAAAGACUAAUCAAGCUAAUUGAAUGGCCUGAGGUCCCCAGUGGAUUGGACUUCAUGUCUUCUACAAGUCCAAAGACCACAUUUUAUGUUUUGCUGCAUCCACAAGAAGUCUACCACAUAGGAGAUCGUAUAACUGUUGUCAUAUUUGCUCGGGAUCAUUAUGGUCGACCAAAAACCUAUGGAGGAGAUUAUUUUCAGGUCAAGCUGCACUCUCCAAAGCUGAAAGCUGGAGUAACGGGUGCAGUCACCGACCACAGAAAUGGAAGAUAUUCAGCCACGUUCCUUCUGCUCUGGCCUGGAGACGCUGAGGUUCACAUCUCUCUGGUACAUUCCAGUGAAGCCAUUUCCAUUAUAAGCAGGAAGAGGGACUCUCGGCCCGACAAGGUUGACUUCAAUGGAUAUUACAGCCACAAUGGAAGCAGCGCUACGGUGAAGUGUAAUGUGCAGCCUCCAGGACCUGACGUGUGUACAUACCGUGACGUACAAUCCAGAGAGGAGUGGUUCUGCAACCGGCCAAAGGGCUUUCCCUGCAGUGCCUACCGGGAGCAUUCAGAGGGUGGUAGCUACCCAAUACUCAAUGCCACCGAGCAGCAAUUUCUACAAAAGUCGGUCACUGAUCAGACAAUUUCAUCAACUCUGAGAAAAAUCACCAUCCUUCCCCAGACUUCCAGCACAGGGGAUAAAAGUGUUUGUAGACCUGGACUCCCCAUUCCGGACCCCUCAGGAUAUUAUUAUCAGGACGUGUGGCAGUCUCGUGUGUGCAGGAACAGACGCUUCACUUCUCCAUCCAACGUCACCUCCUGUCUGAACGGAAAGGUUGUCUACAUGUUUGGAGAUUCAACUCUUCGUCAAUGGUGGUUCUACCUUGUGAAGUUCAUCCCAUCUCUACAGACGGUGGACCGUAAUGUCAGCUAUGACCCUGGAGUCCUGCUGGCCUUGGAUACUGAUCAUGGCUAUCUAAUACAAUGGCGAGUACACCAAAGACCACUUACCAUGCUUCGUAUGCGUUUACAGGAGCUGCACUACAUCGCCAAUGAGCUGGAUAACAUUGGAGGGGGGGACAAUGACCUGGUGAUUGUCAUAAACUGCAUGGCGCACUUUGCCUCAUUCCCGGUAAAAUUUUAUUUGCAGAGGAUAAGAAAUAUCCGUAAUGCUGUUGUCCGGUUAUUGAAGCGAAGCCCCCAGACCAAGGUCAUCAUCAAAUCCGGGAACACCGGCUUCCUCUAUGAACAUGGCAGUGACUGGCUGUCCUUCCAGCUGGACAACCUAAUGAGGGCCGUCUUCUCAGGACUUCCAGUUGCAUUAAUAGAUGCCUGGCAGAUGACCUCCUGCCAUUACCUGCCCAAAUACCUUCACCCUAAGGAAAUCAUAAUCAAGAAUAUGGUGGACUCGAUGCUCUCCUACAUUUGUCCAGAAUAGGUUGGUACAGACAACAUUGUGACAGGAAUCCUCAUCAUCAUUACUAGAACAUAGGACCAAAACCUCCACCUUCACUAUGCCUGAAAGAGACAUCACUCAGCUGUUCUGUACAGUAUGUGGUGGUAUAAAGAAAAAAACUGAUGGGUUAGACAUAGGAAAAAAACACUUACUGCUCUUAAUAAAGGUGCAGCCAUUGGCUGAAUGCUCUUGACUCCCCAUACACCCUUGGCUAGAUGAGCGCAUAUGUUAAUCAAUUGUCUAUAGGGAGAGAGGAGAAAGCUGCUGGCAUACACUUCUGUUGGCGUGGUGUUAUCUCUUGGAAGAAGGAAAGGAUCGAGUACUAAAAUGGAUAUAUGUAACUAAGUGAGCACAAGUCAACUUCAGAUGGUCACUCUUCCAUUUGGAGGAGACUCUAGUUUUGCUGUACCAGUUCUCUGGAAUGCUCUGCCCUAAGCAAAUACAGUAGAUUAAUUCACAACAUCCAGUUUUAGACACUCGAUAAAAUAUAUCUUUUUAGUUUGUCCUAUCACAUCCUCUGAUCUAACUCUCCUCCAUUCACCGCCCCCAUCAUUGAUCCAUCAAAUAUUUACACCCCAUGCACUCAGAGGCGCCACAGAUAUCGUCUGGUGACGGCUCGUUCAGCUUUAUAUCUUCUCCCCUAUUGUGAUAAGAUGGCCGACCACUGUACAAAACAGGCUGUUGUUAUCUUCUGUGUCCGGCCAUCUUCUCAUAGCGUAGAUUGUAAGCUCUUGUGAGCAGAGCCCUCAUUCCUCUUGUUGUAAUUGUUGACCUGUUUGUUUCUAUGUUAUUUAUGAUUCUGUACU